UUCAAGCUUCAUAGCACUGUGAUCUGAAAGUAUGCAUGGUAUGAUCUCAAUUCAUUUAUAUUUAUUGAGGGCUGUUUUGUGAGUUUGGAUACACUUUUUAUUCUUUACAUAUGUAUUCAUAAUUGAGAUUGACCAUAGUUUUACUCUGACAGUUUUGGGUAAAAAGGCAAUUUUAGUUUGAUAAAAUAAUUUGCAAAGUGUUCCAUAACUUUUUCACAUUGGAACAUAUUAUAGAGCACAUUAUUUGUUUCUUAAAAGCAUAAAAUAACUAUCAUAAGUAUUCUGUAUCCAGUGUCAAUUUUGAAAGUCUAGUACUCACAAUGAGAUCCCUAUUACACAUCACAGUAAAUGUGGCAUAGAAUGUGUUGAAUAAAUGAGUGAGUGAAGAAUACUAGCAGAAUGGAAAGCACCGGGUUCAGUGACAACACAUAAUCAGGACCCUACUUAGACUAGGAGGUUAGAAACUUAUGCUAGAAAGAUAAUAUCUAAGUUGGGAGAAGCCCUUUCAGCUUAACAAAACAGCAUAUACAAAUGCAUGAAGAAGAAAGAGAAUAUGUAGUAUUUCAGGAAAGUAAAAGAAAUUUAAUAUGGCCAUUUCAUAUCAUUGAGGGUAUCAGUAGUGGCUUCAGAAUUUCUAAAUUAGAGGGACUUAGGGGUGACAGUUUGGUUGACGGAGGUACUAGAGAACUUUCCAUGAAGUUGUGUUGCAUACCAAACACAUUGCUUUUCCUUAGACUGUAUUUCUCUGUUGGAUGUCGUUUGUGGCGAGGCUAAUGAAGAUUACUGUGAAGCAAAUCUACCCAAUAAUCCUUCCUUGACACCACCAGUGGGGAGAAAUAGCAGAAGUGGAUUAAGAUAGGCUUUGUGUGACGGAUUGUUUUUGGUGAAGUUACUGGCUUUGCUUUCUCUUAUUCACCCUGGAUUAGAAAAUAUCUUCCCUCAUGUGGGACCUUUUCUGAACAGAAAGACAGCUAUUCCUCUUUCAUAACUUUCAUACUUUCAUACCCCCACCCAAGGAUAAAACAAAAUAAUGGAAGUUAAAGUGAUUUGAUAAAUCUAUAUCAUAAAUUUAAAUUUCCCUGAGUCUUGUCCUUUUCUAAACCCUGAACGUGACAUGGAUACAUGAAGAUGGGGAAUGAUUCAACCGUGACCAAAUUCUUUCUGGUGGGACUUUCCAAAUACCCAGAGCUCCAGCUUUUUCUGUUUGUGCUCUGCCUCAUCAUGUAUGUGAUAAUUCUGCUGGGAAAUAGCCUCCUCAUUGUCAUCAGCACAUUUGAUUCUCGCCUCCACACCCCCAUGUACUUCUUCCUUGGGAACCUCUCAUUCUUGGACAUCUGCUACACAUCAUCAUCCAUUCCCCCGAUGCUUGUCAUAUUUAAGUCUGAGAGAAAAUCUAUCUCCUUCAUUGGCUGUGCUCUGCAGAUGGUUGUCUCCCUUGGGUUGGGCUCCACUGAGUGUAUCCUCCUGGUUGUGAUGGCCUAUGAUAGGUAUGUGGCUAUCUGCAACCCAUUGAGGUACCCCAUCAUCAUGAACAGGGUGCUUUGUGUGCACAUGGCUGCUUGGUCCUGGAUCAUAGGCUGCCUAAACUCCUUAGUGCAAACAGUCCUGACAAUGGUAUUGCCUUUCUGUGGGAAUAAUGUCAUUGAUCAUAUUACCUGUGAGAUCCUGGCUCUUCUUAAACUCAUAUGUUCAGAUAUCUCCAUCAAUGUGCUUAUCAUGACAGUGGCAAAUAUUGUUUUACUGGUGAUUCCUCUGCUGUUAAUUCUCAUUUCCUAUGUUUUUAUCCUCUCUUCCAUCCUGAGAAUUAAUUCUGCUGAAGGGAGAAAGAAAGCUUUUUCUACCUGUUCUGCCCACCUGACUGUGGUUAUCCUGUUCUAUGGUUCAGCCCUUUUUAUGUACAUGAAGCCCAAGUCAAAGGACACAAACACUUCUGAUGAGAUCAUUGGACUGUCUUAUGGAGUGGUAACCCCGAUGUUGAAUCCCAUCAUCUACAGCUUGAGGAAUAAAGAGGUGAAAGAGGCUGUGAAGAAAGUCUUGAGCAGACACCUGCAUCUAUGGAAAAUAUAAGAGGUCUUGAGGCAUGUGAUACCCUCCAUGUUGAGACCAGAUCAGAUCUUUUGUGUUCACAGAGGAAGUCAGAGAACCCAGUAUUAAGAGAACUUAUCUCCUAGUAAGUCCAAAUAUAGGACUUAUAUUCUUUUCAACACAGAAGUCUCAUGUAAGCCUUCUGAAUAAUGUCUAGUCUGCAGUUUCUAUUUGUAUGUAGCUCUGCCAUUUGGUUCCAUACAGGGCACAUGGCUUUUCCUCAAGAUAAAUCUCCCUCUUCUCUGCUUUCUUCUCUCUCUUCCAUGUUUUUAUCGCUCUUCUCUUCCCUAUUUCCUCCUUCUUUUCCUUUCCCCUUCUCCAUCUGUUUUGUUACUCUACUUUCCUUCUGUUUUCCUGGUCUCCUUUCUCAGUUUAAACUGAACAUCUAUCGUUUUGUUGUCUAGUAUCCCCUCUUCUGGUAAAAGAAUGUACCUUUUCUUUUGACAUUCAACAGUGCCUCCCUCUGAGUCCAUGUGUGCUGGAGGGGGCUGAUCUCUGAAAACAGUGGUACCAUUGGAAACAAAGGGCUAGGCAAUUAAAGCAAAUCCCUCUGGUUACAGUGAUUCAUUCAUUCAGUAUAGGAGAUGAGUUCUGCCAGGCUAAUCAAACUCAACCCAAGA